AUUCACACGCUGAAUAUUUCAUUCAACCAUUUCGCCCCAUUUCUGUCUUGCUGGUUUACCAGUUCGCCCCCGCAUUUAGUAAUCUUCACAGGGGCGUCAUAAACACCGUGCAGCCAUUCUGCGGGGCGAAGAUUUUCUUACAAUUUCUUUUUGCACAAUCAGUAGGCUUCAAUAUGAAACCCAUUGCAUUAAAUGGCCACGAGAGGGCCAUCACGCAGAUCCGUUACAGCCCUGAGGGUGAUCUUCUCUUCUCAUGCGCUAAAGAUACGCAUCCAACAGUAUGGUUUGCGCUGAAUGGAGAACGACUCGGCACGUAUGAGGGACAUGGUGGAGCUGUCUGGUGUAUAGAUGUCAACUGGAAUCACACUAAGGUGCUUACUGGAGCUGGUGACAACACCUGCAAGCUGUGGGAUUUAGAAACGGGUAAAUGCAUCAAUUCCUUCGACACACCAUCAGCAGUCAGGACGUGUGGUUUCACAUACAGCGGAAACACACUCUUCUUCUCAACAGACAAAGCUAUGGGACAACAAUGUCAGAUCUUUCUUUUUGACGUACGGGAUCACCAGCAAAUGAAAGACAAUGACGCUUACUUGACAAUCCCGAUCACAAUGCCUAAAGUAACUAGCGCCAUAGCCAACGGAUUAGAUAAAUACCUCAUCACAGGUCACGAUGAUGGGCAGCUGGCACAAUGGGACAUGCAGACCGGGGAAAAGAUUCAUUCCGUUCAUGAGCACAGUCGACCCAUCAACGACGUUCAGACAUCCAAAAAUGGGAUGACUCUUAUCACUGCUUCUAAAGACAACACAGCAAAGCUGUUUGAUGCAGAGUCGUUAGACUACAUGAAAGUGUACAAGACAGAAAGGCCGGUCAAUUCUGCAGCCAUUUCACCCAACAAAGAUCAUGUGGUGUUGGGUGGAGGGCAAGAAGCCAUGGACGUUACAACCACCUCUUCUAGAAUCGGCAAAUUCGACGCUAGAUUCUUCCACCUCAUCUUCGAAGAGGAAUUUGGCCGGGUCAAAGGUCACUUUGGUCCAAUCAACAGUGUUGCAUACAACCCGGAUGGAUCAGGAUACAGCAGUGGUGGUGAGGAUGGCUAUGUCAGAAUACACACCUUCGAUCCACAGUUCAACGAUUUUGAGUUUGAGUAUUAAAAUAUUAGUCAAGGUUGUGAAAAAUGAAUCCACAAGUUCUCAUGGAAGAAGUCACCUUCGUUUAUUUCAUUUUUGCAAAUAUUUGAAGUCACAGAACAAAGCUGUAGGUAGGAGAUGCAGGCAGUUUCUUUAACUUCAUUUAUUUAAACACAAUGUAUCUAUACACCUGUCUUAGAAUUUAUGCACGAGUUACGUCGCAAUUCUAACCCAAAACCAGCCACUGCAAGUGGUGGCGGACGUGCGCCUAUAGCCUCAUUUUGAGUAAGAAUGUUGACGUCAUACAUAUAUAAGUCUAGGACAUGUAUUAUCAUUCCUUAUUCUAUUUCAAAGUGUGACAUAUUUUCUUUGUAAACCAUGCAUCAACUAGGAGUUUACCUCUUGGUGGAAACAGGUUACCAGCCAAAAUUCAGUGCAUUGGGUAUCCCCUUUCUGAGUGGUUCCCAUUAUUUGUUUUGUAGCAGUUUAAUUCGAUAAGCAUUUAUUCUUAUUCUGUUAGAGAAACUGUUAACAAUAUACUAGUGUCUUGAGUCAUGUUUUCAAGUUGUGUAACCUAUGCUAUGUUUAUGGAUAACUACAGUACAUGUAUUUGCAACAAAAGAAAAACAGCAACAGAAUAUUACUAACAAAAAUGAAAUUCUUACAAACUUAUUUAUUGUACGAAUUGUUCAAAAGCAUUAUUUUGGUUGGAUGACAUUUUUAGACCUGUUGCGAAUAAUUUUUGUCAUCAAAACUUUUAAGAGAAAGGGGGAUUUAAUCUAUUAACUGGUACUCAUGUAGACUUUUCUUUUAAAGUAAACAAAGAAUUAUUUAGAAGGUGAUGUUCAUGGACAAGGUGUUACAUGCAUCAACGGAAAUAAAGUUAUUGAGAACUUGUA